AUGUCUCCUCUUUCUCGCUCUUCACAGCCUCCGGCGAAUCGCGCGGCGUCUGUAAAGCCCGAGUCCGCACAAAGCCAAGCCUCCGAUGACGAAGAUUCUGUCUUGCAAGCUCUUGCGACCGAGUCUCCAGCUGGUGACACGCCGGCGUCUGGAGCUCCAGGGAACCGCGCAGGGAGUGCCAGCGAAUCCUCAUCUAUUCCUCUUCAGAAGCGCCGGAGGGUUACGCGCGCAUGCGACGAAUGUCGUAGGAAAAAGAUCAAGUGCGACGGCAAGCAACCAUGCACUCACUGUCAGGUGUAUAGUUAUGAUUGUACCUAUGACAAGCCUUCUAAUAGGCGUAGAAAUCCAGCACCGCAAUAUAUAGAGGCGCUGGAAAAUAAACUAUCGAGGGCGGAAACAUUGCUGCGAAAAUUUAUGCCAGAUGUUGACCUUAACGACCCGAGCCUGGAUCCUGCCGUCCAGCAAGAAUUUCGUAUCCGGGAACAGGCUAGAAUUCGAGCUGCCGCAACGAAGGGAAAACAGUCCGGCUCGUCGUCCUCCGUGGAUGCCCAGCUGCAUUCUAUGAUCGAAACUGUCGGCCAACUCGACCUCGACGAAAAGGGCGACUACGACUUCCACGGAACCUCUUCCGGAUCGGUCUUCUUUAAGAGAAUGAAGGACCAUUUUCGUGGUCUUCUCGGCAGAGACUAUCAAAUACCAUUUCUUCCCCGUCCACCCCGACCUCCAGGCAUGCUCACUCUUGAUUCUCCCUCGCCGAAGUCUUCAUCCAGCUCGCGGACGCCUCCGAUUCAUAGUGCGAACAGAUAUGAUUUACCUUCGAAAGAACGAGCACUUGCGCUCUGUUCUGAAUCACUCUAUAAUGCGACGUGUCUCUUGCGAAUCGUUCACAUCCCUUCUUUCUACGAAAUGCUUGAUGGGCUUUAUGAAAAAAAGACAAGCGCGUUUGGAAAGGAAGAUAAAAGGAGUCUAGCACUCGCGUAUUCUGUGAUGGCACUCGGCUGCAUGUACAAUAUGCCCGACAAUAACGGCUCGGACACUCCGCCUUAUAAAUUGGCAGUCGAUGAAGCGAUCAAAUACUAUAGCACAGCAAGAAUGCUACUACAGGACAUAACCGAGUGUCGAGAUCUUACGUCUCUCCAAGCGUUGCUCUUUAUGAUACUAUUUAUCCAAUCGAUAUCGAACCUAAGCACCUGUUAUGGGUUUGUCGGGAUUGCUUUGCGAUCUGCACUGAGGAUGGGAUUGCAUCGACAUUUACCUCAUAUCAAAACGAAUCCCAUAGAAUCCGAAACGAGGCGGAGGGUCUUUUACAUAUGUCGACAAAUGGAUACCUACGUGUCAGCAUUGCUGGGUUUUCCGUUACUUCUCAACGACGAGGAUAUCGAUCAACCUUUACCAACUGCUGUGGACGACGAAUAUAUCACAAAGGACGAAAUACUCGUCCCACCUCCAGGGACCCCCUCAUUCUUUGAAGCUUUCAACGCUCACGUGAGGUUAAUGGAUAUCCUGGGUAAGGUUGUAAAACAUAUCUACCCAUUGAAGGGUAUCGACCAGAGCGAUACUGAAGGCGUAGGAGAGCCCUACGCAUCAUAUACGAUCAGCUAUGGGAAAAUUAAGGAAAUGGAGACGGAACUUCACCGGUGGAACGAGGACCUACCAUAUGCUUGGCGGCCGGAUCCUGAAGGUCCCGUUGAAGUUGUCCGAGUACGAAAUCUCCUGAGGUUUACGUACGCUCAUGUGCAGAUGGUGUUAUACAGGCCAUUUCUGCAUUACGUUUCUCCGCGUAUCUCGGCCGGCAAGGAGGUGAAUGAGCGUGCGUAUGCCUGUGGAGCUGCCGGUAUUAGUGUCGCCCGAAAUAUUGUGCAUAUCGGAACAGAAAUGCGGAAGCAAGUUCCUCUUGUCGGCCCUUAUUGGUUUACUCUUUUUACCGAAUUCUUUGCCGUUAUAACCUUGGUUUUCUUCGUACUGGAGAAUCAAGAUAAGUCCGGGACCAUGGAAAUACUUGCGGAUGCUGUUGCGGGCAAAGAGAUGAUUAGUGAGCUUUCCGGAAAGAGUAUGGUUGCGGACCGCAUAUCAAGCUCUUUAGUCAUGCUUUUUGACCAAUUACCGGAUAACCUCAAGGAAGUGAAAGCACGGACCGCAUCAUCUCGAAAACGGCCUUCGUCGGGGGCAUCGAGGGAUAGUAAUAGCACGAUGAUGGUGCUUCCUUCGGUAUAUGCUAACGAACCAACAAAUGCCCAAACCGAUGCAACUAGCAGAUCUCAGGGUAUAUCGUCGAAAAAAGCCGGCAAGGCUCCUGCUAGACCCAUCCACCAAGAUAUCUCGAUCAACGACUCUCCUUUGCCACAACCAGAGCUCGGCGGUCCAUUUUCUUCCGGGUUCCAGUUCUCGCCGUUAGAUUUAUCAAUACCGUCCCCCGAUUCCGCAACUGCCACGGCCUUGCAUGAGCCUAGUCCGAUGGAUUUGCAGCACCAGGAAUUCAGCGCCGGUAACCCGAUCCACCAGUUGGAUGCUGUGAUGUUCCCCUCGGAUGAUCCCUUGGCGUAUCCCAACCAGCCUCAAGUCGACUUCGGUACGCACCAAAGUAACGUUGCCGACGCUAGCCCGGGGGACCUUUCACAUCAUGACCCAUCUCAGUUUUACAUACCUAACUUUUAUGAAGGCAUCGAGGGACAGCUUAUGGGACCACUGCCGCCAUACUUGAUGCAAUCACAGGCCCAGCCAGGAUUUAACUUCCCACCUCAGAUGUACUCGGACCCGAUGCUCCUGCAGAUGCACACUAUUGAGCACAGGCCCUCACAGCCGCAAUCUCAUCUGCACUCGGGCCAAUCGCGCUCGAUGCGGCGACGGGGCCAACAAUCGGGGGAGAUGGAUGGAUGGACGAGGCGGCGUAGUCGGAAGGGAUUUUGUUGGUCCAGUAGGUGGAGAACAAGUGGGCAUAUCGGCGUAGAAGUACAGAGUAUGUUUUCUAAGAAGCGGGAUCUCCAGUCCCAUUCGGUUCCAUCUAGUCCCCAUCAGUCCCCAUCAGACGACCCCUGCCCCUUAAGGUAUUUCGGGCUGCCUUCAGGGGCUGCACGACGGCCUUACUGGAGGUCAUUUGGUCUAGGAGGGUCUUCAGUGUUUCGAGACCACGCCUGGGGGGUUUCCCAAUCGCCGAACGUGUACAACAAUCCCACCCCACCGACGAUGCUGUCGUUGCUCUACUCGUUAGAAAAACAACAUCAGAAAGAGAGAACGUCAGUCAAGAUGGAAGCUAUAGAUAUAGACCACGACCUGGUGGUCGUCGAGGAAUUCGACGCUCUGUCCGAAGAGAUAUCCCGGAAAGUUGCCAAAGAACUUGGCACUGACAAUGGCCUCAUUUACUUGCCUGGCCAGCUAGAAUCGACGUGGGAAGAUUCGGAUCAGGGACCGCCAUUUCGGCAGCGACGGUAUUUCUACUACCUGACUGGAGCAGACUUCCCCGGUUGCAGCGUCACAUAUGACAUUGCAGCGGACAAGCUUACUCUGUGGGUUCCGUUCACUCCUCCCGCUACCAUUCUCUGGUUCGGGAACACGCCGUCGCCCGAUGACUGUCUCUCGCACUCUGACGUUCACGACGUCAAGUAUGUCGGCGAACUAGCCCAGUACCUGAGCGCGCGUCUGGCAACUGUCAAGACUCUGUACGCGCUGCGGCCUUCGCAGCUGCCCAAGUUUGAAGGCUUCGAGCAAAUGCGGUCGAGCCUCAAGAUCGACGUCUCGUCUCUGCAACCUGCCAUGGACGAGGCGAGGUUGGUCAAGAGCGAGUACGAAGUCGCGAUGAUCAAGCGGGCCAACGAUAUUUCAUCGUCUGCUCACCGCGCCGUGGCUAAGAAGGUAGCCGCUUUCAAGAACGAGUGCGAGGUCGAAGCCGCCUUUAUCGCGGCCUGCACCGCCGCCAAUGCGAAGACUCAGGCGUAUCCCGUUAUCGCCGGCUCCGGGCCCAACGCGUCGACGCUGCACUACGGCACCAACAACGAGACGCUGAUCGGCCGACAGCUCGUAGUGCUCGAUGCCGGUGCGGAGUGGUCGUGCUACGCCAGCGAGGUAACACGGACGCUGCCUAUAGGCCCGCGUUCGCAGUUUACGCGCGAGGCCCGCGCCGUUUACGAGCUCGUGCACCGCAUGCAGGCGGAGUGUAUCGCGCGCAUUAAGCCCGGCGUCGUCUUCCGCGAUCUGCAGCUGCACGCGACACUCGUCGCCGUUGAGGGCCUGCUCGAACUCGGCGUGCUCAAGGGCGGUACCGCGGAGGAGAUAUUCAGGAAUGGCACGGGCGCGGCAUUCUUCCCGCACGGCCUAGGCCACCACGUCGGUCUCGACGUUCACGAGUUGCCGCAGAUGAUCGUGACGGUGGAGCCGGGGGUGUACUUCUGCAAGCCGUACAUCGAGGCGUACUUUCUGCGCCGCGAGGAACACGCGCGGUACAUCGACGCCGCGGUGCUGGAUAAGUACUGGGCGGUCGGCGGCGUGCGCGUCGAGGACUGUGUUCUGGUUACGGAGAGUGCGUGUGAGGUGCUCACCACGGCGCCGAAGGGGAAUGAGCUUUUGAGGAUGAUGGGGUAUGCUUGA